AAUAUGCGUCGCCUCGUCCCGCCGCUGCCAGGCAGCAGGGCUGGUUAAUAAUAGGAGUGCGGUUGUCAGUCCCCUCCGCAGGGCGGAGAGUCAGUCCGCUCUCAUUGGAGGAUUUUUUUUCCGUGAGUUUCUCGUGAAGUGCUGGUGGGAGGAGAAUUUCCAGCAAGAAGGGAUAUCAAAAAUAAACCCCCGUCAUGCCGAGGGAAGAGCAAGACGUAUAAAUACCCCUGAUGUGUCCAGAAUGCAGUGCUGUUCAGAGGAACACAGAAAGACUUCCGGAGACAGUUCAUAGACAGAGCACUGCCUGGGAGUGUUGGGGAUUUAAGGAUAAUAGUCCCUGGACUGAGGAGGACGCAUAACUUCCUAAACAUCAAGCUGCAUUUUCCCCGUGGCAGCAGCUCUCUGCGUCUUGUGUCAGAAGAUGCGCAUCACGCCGCGUUUCGUCUCUUUGCUCCUCUGCCUAGUCAACGCAGCUCUUGCCUCCCAGUUUGAGUCGGAGGAAGUUGUACCUGUUCGGAUUAACAGCAGAAUCGGCGGCCGCUUCUGGAAGAGAAGCGAAGAGAACCCCAUUUUCACCCUCAAGGCGUUCGGCAGGAACCUGACUCUGAACCUCAUCCCAGACACCAGUUUUCUGUCGCCGGCCUUCAACAUCCAGGGCGUCAGCGCCGGAUACACGGCCACUUUACGCAGCGCUUCAGGUGCCCAGCCCGAGCUGCGCUCUGACCACAACGGCUCCAAGAACCGGACACAGGAGAGCGAAGGACGCCUGCGGAGAUGCUUCUUCUCCGGAAACGUGGGUCAGGACGAGAACUCGCUCGUAGCGGUCAGCCUGUGCUCGGGCAUCUUCGGCUCCUUCAUCUCGGAAGGGAAGGAGUAUCUGAUCGAGCCCAAACUCCGCAGCGGCCAGCGGCCGGACUCUGCCGAGCAGCUGCAUGUGAUCAGGAGGAGGAUACUCGCCGAGAACCGCGGAGUUUCCCUCCUGUUUAGUGGCGCUGCGGAGGCGCUCGGAGCGGAAAGUUUUACGCACGGCGGCAGUGAUGCACGGAGGGAAGCUCGCCGGAAACGCUUCGUUUCAGAGCCACGCUUCAUAGAAACCUUGGCCGUAGCAGACUCGACCAUGACCCACUUCUAUGGAGAUGAAAUAAAGCACUACGUCCUCACCCUCAUGUCCAUGGUGGCCCAGCUGUACAAGCACCCCAGCAUCAAGAACUCAGUGAACAUAGUGGUGGUGAAGAUGUUGGUGGUGGAGGACGAGGAGGCUGGACCGGAGCUGUCCAGCAACGGAGGCGUAGCUCUGCGCAACUUCUGCUCCUGGCAGCAGCUUUUCAACCCACCAAGCCAAAGGCAUCCUGAGCACUACGACACGGCAAUGCUGUUCACCAGAGAGGACAUCUGUGGACAGAAGAGCUGUGACACUCUGGGUGUGGCAGAUGUCGGGACGAUGUGCGAUCCCAAGAGAAGCUGCUCAGUCAUUGAGGACAAUGGCCUACAGGCCGCCUUCACGGCUGCUCACGAGCUUGGCCAUGUGCUGAGCAUGCCCCACGACGAUUCCAAGACUUGUGAGAAGCUGUUCGGAGAUCUGGGAGGGCAUUACCUGAUGGCCCCUCUGUUUGUUAGUCUCAACAAAUCGGUGCCGUGGUCUCCCUGCAGCUCUCUUUACAUCACUGAGUUUUUCGACAAUGGCCAUGGAGACUGCCUCCUGGAUGUCCCGGAGAGCACCAUUCCCCUGCCACCAGAGCUGCCGGGUACCGUGUACAACCUGGACCAACAGUGUCAGCAGAUUUUUGGGGAGGAGUUUGUCCACUGUCCCAACACGUCAGACAGCGAUAUUUGCAGCCAGCUUUGGUGCCGAGAGGACGGUACGGGGCAGUGUGCCACCAAGAAUGGCAGCCUGACCUGGGCCGAUGGCACUCCCUGCAGGUCCAAUGGGACCUGUCUACAUGGAGCAUGCAAGAUGACAGAGGAAGUGAUGCAACCACUGGUAUGAUCAUUACUUUGAUGUUUGCUUUCAAAGAAAUAUCUUUGCAAAGGUAAAACAUCCGUUUUUAAUUGUUUCAGAUUCAGUGCUGCACCCCCUGCCAGCAUUGUCACAAUAACACACAAUGAGUGGUUGUGCAUGUGCUCAACGCUGGAGGGCAAAAACACUAUUAUUUUACUUGCCAUCCAUAGCCGCGCUGCUGCGAUAGAACAACUCGGUAAACUAAGUGAAACCUGGAGAUGUUAUUCAUUUAGCACAGUGCCCUACAGCAAAGAAAAUAAACCAGAAAAACAAUUGAAGAAGUCAAAACUGCUUAUAUUCUUCAUUUUUUUUCUAAUCUAAACUUAUGUAAACUUACUUAUAGAAAAAAUGUUUGUUUGGUUGAAGUGAAUUCUGGUGCAGUUCAAAUGCAUAUAUGAAUGUCAAGUUUUUUACAUUUGAAAAAACUCAUACUUUUUCCUUUUUUUGGAGCUUGCUCUGUGAGCAUCGCCAUAUUUUCAAUAUGGUAAAACAUACAC